UUAAGCGGAACUUUCCGUCUGGUUUCCUAGCGACCAGACCCAGCGGCCGGGCCCGCGCUCCUCGGCGCUCUUCGCACAUGCGCAGACUGCGGGCGGGGAGGGGGGCGUCUUCGCCCGCGGCUCUUCAGCGUCCCUGUGUCUCCUGGAACCUGUCUGACCGGGGAAAGCCGAGGACUGGAGCCUCCUGUGGGGAUGGAGAAAAGAGUGGGGUUAGUGGCGAGGUGCUUCCAGCGGCUGUUCAGUGUUUGGUGGAGACGUGGGGAGCCCUUGUUUGGUUUUCUUACCGCUUCGCUCCGGGAAAGGCUACCCCAGGGAAAGCUUGGAGUAGAGAGAAUUGGAUUUCAUCAAGAUUAGUGUUGCAAGACGAUGCUUUAUGGUGAUGGCUUGCAGGGUCAUAAACAAAAGGAGGCACGUGGGACUUCAACAACUUUCAUCAUUUGCAGAAACAGGAAGAACUUUCCUUGGCCCAGUAAAAUCAUCCAAAUUCAUUAUAGACGAAGAGCGUCAUGACAGUGUGUUAGUCAGUUCGACCAUGAGGCUUCUUGAAAAUUUGGAUUUGUCCAGUGCUGUGGGACAGCUCCUCAGCGAAGCAGUGCAAGCACAGAAUAACGCAUACGGAACGGGGACCAGCACCCUCCUGUUUCUCGCCGGCGCGUGGAGCAGGGCAGCCGAGCAGUGUCUGCACCUGGGCGUCCCGGUCUCCUCCGUCGUGUCUGUGAUGUCAGAAGGCCUGAACUCCUGCAUUGAGGCGGUCUCUUCCCUUCAGAUACCUGUCCUCAAUGCAUCUGACCACGCAGACGACGCCCAGACGUUUCCUGGACUUCACUCACAUAGUGUCACUUUUUGUCCCUUUCUACCAAUCCCUGCAGACACUGGUUUGGUGCAGAAAGAGAACGAUCUCGGAGAUGCCUCUCCAUCAGUGACCAUUUCCAGUCUUCCUGGGAGACCUGUUAAAUCAGCUGACCUGCUUAGAACCCAGUCUAAGGAGGAAGCUGAUGAAAACACGUCACACACUCCGCAGACUCUGAGCAACAGUCUGCGUGCAGACACCCGCUGCAGAAAGUCAGUACUAAUCCACAGCAGGCAUUUUAAUAGGGUGGGUGAGAAUCAAUGGACAAGCAAACCAGAUGGGUUUCUAGAACAUCAGCGUGUGGCUACGCCCCGCACUCACAAAUGUAAGGACGUGGCAGAGCUGGAGGCGGGUCUGAGCCACGGAGAUGGCAGCAGCAUGAAACUAGUAGACGCAGCCGCGCAGCUGCAGUGCCUGAAGGCGGGUGUGCAGCGAGGCCGCAGGGCCGCCCCGGGGACGUUCGACAUUUCAGGAGUCUUCACCUGCUGUUUGCCGGGCUUACCCGAAACUUGGUCUUGCGUCUGUGCAGGCUACGUCACUGUUGUUUCAGUGUCCAGUGCUGCUCUGAUCGAGGAAUUACAGAGCCAGCCUCUGCGGGUAACUCUCAUCGAGGGCGACCUCACAGAGAACUACCGCCACCUGGGGUUCAAUGGAGCUGCCAAAGUGAGAACAGAGCUGGAAGGCGUGGCGGCUCACCAAGCCCGCUCAGAAGUACUGUGGACAGAUCAGGUACUACAGGUCCUAGACAAGUUCAACGUGAAGCUCGUCCUGGUGCGAGGAAGUGUGUCUGAACCCUUGAUUGAGAAAUGCAUCCGCAGUAAGCGGCUGGUGAUUGGGUCAGUGAAUGGCGGUGCAAUGCAGGCUUUGGCGGAAGCUUCCAGAGCAGUGCGAGUGGCCUACAUUACCCAAGUGACGGAAGACUGUGUGGGCAGCGGGGUCCGUGUGGCCUUCUGGAGACGCGUUCCCGCGGGGGUCGAUAGGGUCAGCAGCAUGGCAGUCGUGCUGCAAACAGAAGGAAUGGAUUUGGUUACAGCAGUGCUCACUGGCCCAGUCUCUGCGCAGAUGCAGACCAAGGAAGACAGAUUCUGGACGUGCGCGCGUCGUCUGCAUUGUGCUCUGAAAGAGCAAAAGGUCUUCCUUGGAGGCGGUGCCGUGGAAUUUCUGUGCCUCAGCCAUCUUCAAAGCCUCGUGGGGCAGCCUGUGAAUAAAGGAAACCAAGCCAGUUCGGGAGGGCUUCCUUACACUUCCUCUUGGCUGGCUUCAUCCCUGGCACUACACAGACCGACGGUGCUCAAGUGCUUGGCACGCGGCUGGCACCAGUACCUCUCAACCCUCCUAUGCAACACCGCCCAUUCCUCCUCAGAAUUUGAAGCCAGCGCAUUCAUUCAACACCAUCUACAAAGUGCCACAGACUCUGGGUCGCCUGCAUCCUACAUCUUGAAUGAAUAUAGUAAACUAAAUAGUGGAAUUUUUAAUUCAGGCAUUUCGAAUAAAGUGGAACAGAUUCCAAGAGUUUAUGAUGUUGUUACACCAAAGACGGAGGCCUGGCGCCGAGCUCUGGACUUAGUACUGUUAGUACUUCAGACAGACAGUGAGAUUAUUACUGGGCUUGGACACACACAGCUAACAUCACAGCAAGCAGAGGGCUUUUUACUUUUGUAGUGCUGUUGGCUAAGCCUGUGGGAAGUAAUCUUUUGUGAUAUGUCAUGCUAGCAAGUUUUCCAGUAGUCAAGUCAUAGUGCCUGAAAUGCUGGCUGUUACCAAGAAGAACAUGAUUGACAUCCGUCAAUAACUAUGCAGGGUCUGGGCUUUCACCAUAUUUACAAGCUCACAAGUUAGCCUGUUACUGUUUUGUGGGAUGCUACGGAAUACACGGCACACUUUGGUCAGGGACUUUUAUGAUUCAUAGCAAAGCAGUCAUCAGGGUUCGUGUUGGUUUGUCCCACAAGAGCGACACAAAGUCCCAAAUGGCCUGCACACAUCGUGUGGGUUGUGUUACAGGAGAGGAAUGCUGAGCUCGGGAUAGUCAUUUGCUUUUAUAAUAAGCAGAAGCAAUCCUGUUCUUUGUCCAGGGGGAGUUGUUACUUCAUGUCUCACAGUUGAUCAGUGUAAAACACAAGCCUGAGACAUGGACUCAGUACAGAUAGGUCAGGGCCUUGCAUUCGUGGCUGCCCAGAAAGCACGCAGUGUUGCUCAGGGCACAUAACGGGUCGCCUCUUCCAACAGUUCAUUCCCCAACCUGACACAUUCGUGGCCAAACUUGAAUUUUCGUGUCAGUAUGCCACUCGCUCUAUUAGCUGUUCUGAUUGAUCUGACAAGCAGGUGGUUUAGUCAAUACCAAAUCCAUUCGAUUGGUCUGAUAAACCAAUUAGUUAAGGCUAUGUCAACAGACAGAACAGCAGGAUGAAGCCAGUCUGCAAUACUGACCUCACUCAUGUACCUCAGGGUCUUGGAUUUACUUAACUGUGAAUUCCAAGGACCAGCAGAUGUUUUCAUUAGCCAGAAUGUAGUCCAAGACCUAUUAUCCAUUAUGACCCACACAGGGGAGUUUUGACUGCCUUGCUGAUCUUUGGUGCCAUUGCCAAAAAUUACAGGAGGCAAGAGAUGGGCCAAAAAGCAACCCCACCCCUAAUGGAGAGGUCCUUCCGUGGCCCGUUUUCCCCACGUACAAGCACAUAACCCCAAGGCCCAGGCCACUCGCCUUCAGGACUUCUUGUUAAACCUGAUUUGAAUCACACUAUAUGGAUAUGAUUAAGUCACAGAGAUAGUGUCACCAAGUAGUUGAAGCCACAGUUGCCAUACAUGGCAAAAUCCAAAGCGAUUCAGACUUCAGAGAAGCACGUGAUUCGUUGGAUUGAAGCUGUGUUGUCCUGGCCGUGUGUUUGCACAUGCUCACAUCUGGGCGUUGCCACUGGUGUCAUCGCAUGCUGCCUGCAGUACUGAAUACGAGUCUCAAUAAGGUGUUGAGUCUCCUUUUUGGUGGUGCGAGGUCAGGGAGACAGCAUUUGUUUGUGUGACUCACGGGGGGAAUUGAGGGUUGUGACUGUCCAGGUGAUCUUGAGAAACUUGACUUGGCAAACAGGGUUCUGAAUUUCUGUCAGAGUUUAUCAGCCACUCCUCCAGGUAGACAUAAAUAACACAGUCAGGUAGAUAAUGGCCCUAGUCUGGACCAUCGAGACAGGCUCCUAGCUCGUUAACACCAGGAUGUCAUCUAGAUGGUACCCCUGUAUCCACAGAGGAUAAGCUCCAAGACCCCCAGUGAAUGCCGGAAGUCACAGAUGCUACUGAACCCUGUACAUUCUUUGUCCUUAGAGCAGCUGAGGUCGGAGUAGAGGGUGAAGGAGGUAUGGAGCUGUACAGGCAGGAGCAGCUUCAUGCUGGCAAACAGCGCUCUGCCCGUGCUUUGGCUUUCAUCAGCUGCCCAGCUUGUGCUGAAUGCACUUGUGUCUUCCCGUUUGCUCAGUUUUAUUUCCGCGUUGCUGACAGCAUUGUUUGAGCUUUGGGGCCCUUUGAGAGCAGCCACAGCCGCAUUUCUUCUCUGCUGGGGCCGUGGGGUGUGCUGCUUUGUUAUGUUAACCCCCUUCCUGCUCCCACCGUGAGGUACUAGCAUAACACUGGUUCCUUGUGUUCAUCCCAUCUCUCACUGCUUAGCCUCAAACAUCCCUUAGUAGGUAGGACUGUGGGAUGCCAGGGGCUACCUCCUCUUCGCCUUUCCCGCUACUGGAGCGAAAGCAUUCAGUACUGGACCCAGCCUACUGAGGCCCUCGUCUUUUCCAGAAAACCAUAGCUCUGUCAGCCAAAACUGUCAAGAACUGUGCAAAAUCUGAGAUUUCACCCUGUUGACAAGCUAACAAGUUAGACUUAAAAUUUCAUGGGAUGCUACCAUGUUCCAGGCACUCUUCUAAAUUCUUUACAGAUUGUAUGACUCUGCUAGGGCUUCCAUAACAAAGUACCACACACUGGGGGGCUUAAACAACAGACAUUUCUCACAAUUCUGGAGGCUGGAAG